AUGCCCGGCUUGUACUGCCCCUCCAGCUGGACGCCGCUACCCCUCACGGACUCCUGGGUCCGGGCCUGCGCUAAUGGACCUUGCCUCAGCCUGCGGGCCCGGCUCACCUACCACAACCCGCAGCCGCAGCCGGUGGACGGAGUGUUCGUGUACCCGUUGGCUGAAGCCGAGGUCGUAUCCGGCUUCGAGGCCGAGGCGGCCGGACGGCGCGUCUCCUUCCAGCUGCAGAACCGACGGCGCUCGCAAGCUGCCUGCUGCCGCGCGCUGGGCCCCGGGUUGGGAACCUCUACGCCCCGCCGCUGCGCGCAGGGUCAUCUUGUCUUGGAUCUGGCCCAGGCUCGGUCCACGCUGGUACUGCCCACGGGCCUCAUUGCUGCGGCUGGCACCAUGACAGUGACCCUGUGCAGCAGCCAGGAGCUGCCUUCCCGGCCUGAUGGGGUGCUGCGUGUGGCCCUGCCCACCGUGCUUACCCCACUGGCCCCACCAGGCCCGCCAGGGCCCCCCAGGCCUCCGGGGCUCUGUGACGACAGUGGCCCAGUGACCCUCCUCAUACUCCCUUCCAGCCCCACCAGCUGCUUCGGGGCAGGCAGCCCUCAGGAGGAAGGGCUGGCCUGGGAGGAGCCAGCUACCCCUCCGGACGUGUUCUCGGGCCCUGCCCGCUGCCCUGCCCCAUAUAGCUUCUCCUUCGAGAUGCUGGUGACUGGGCCAUGCCUGCUGGCAGGCCUGGAGAGCCCCUCUCAUGCUCUGCGGGCAGAUGCUCCCCCUCAUGCCAGCUCUGCUGCCACCAUCUGUGUCACUCUGGCAGAGGGCCACCAAUGUGACCGGGCCUUGGAGAUUCUGCUGUACCCCAGUGAGCCCCAUCAGCCACACUUGAUGCUGGAGGCUGGCAGUCUGAGUUCAGCAGAGUAUGAGGCCCGAGUGAGGGCCCGCCGGGAUUUCCAGAGGCUACAGCAGAGGGACAGUGAUGGGGACCGGCAGGUGUGGUUCCUGCAGCGACGAUUCCACAAGGACAUCUUGCUGAACCCUGUGCUGGUACUGAGCUUCUGCCCGGACCUGAGUUCCAAGCCUGGACACCUGGGCACAGCUACUCGGGAGCUCCUCUUCCUGCUGGAUGGCAGCAGUGCAGCGCACAAGGAUGCCAUUGUUUUGGCUGUGAAGUCUCUCCCAUCUCAGACGCUUGUCAACCUGGCCAUGAUUGGGACAUCGGUGCAGCCACUCUUCCAAGAGAGCCGGGCUUGCAGUGAUGACACCGUGCACCUGAUCUGUGAGAGCAUCGAGAUGCUGCAGGCUAUGAGUGGUCCUCCAGAUGUGCUGGCUGCACUGGACUGGGCCUUGGGCCAGCCCCAGCACAGGGCCCAUCCUCGGCAGCUAUUCCUGCUCACUGCUGCCUCACCUGUGGCUGCCACUACCCACCAAGCCCUGGAGCUCAUGAGGUGGCACAGGGGGGCAGCCAGGUGCUUCUCAUUUGGGCUGGGGCCUGCCUGCCAUCAGCUGCUACGCAGUCUAUCCGCCCUCAGCAGGGGCCAGGCCUACUUCUUGAGGCCUGGGGAGAGGCUGCAGCCCACCCUGGUGCAGGCUCUGAGGAAGGCACUGGAACCUGCUUUGAGCGACAUCUCUGUAGACUGGUUUGUGCCUGAUGCUGUGGAGGCACUGCUGACACCCAGGGAGAUUCCAGCACUCUACCCUGGGGACCAGCUGCUCGGUUACUGCUCACUCUUCAGGGUGGAUGGCUUCCGAUCCCGCCCUCCAGGGGGCCAAGAGCCUGGCUGGCAGAGCUUGGGUGGCUCCGUGUUCCCAUCCCCAGAGGAAGCACCAUCUGUCGCUAGCCCUGGCACUGAUCCCACAGGCACAUCAGAGCCAGUGGGAACAGGCAAUGUGUCAGCAGAGCUGUCCAGUCCAUGGGCUGCUGGGGACUCAGAGCAGAGUGGUACCGAUGCCCUGACAGACCCCGUCACGGACCCUGGACCCAAUCCCUCCACUGACACAGCCAUAUGGCGACGCAUCUUCCAGUCAUCGUACAUCCGGGAGCAGUAUGUGCUCACCCACUGUUCUGCCAGUCCCGAGCCAGGCCCAGGCUCCACAGGCAGCAGUGAGUCCCCAGGAUCCCUGGGCCCUGGCUCCCCCGAGGGUAGUUUUCCUUUGGAUCCUCCUUCUCAGCAGGGCUGCCGCAGCCUGGCUUGGGUAGAACCUGCAGGCUCCCGCUCCUGCCCCCUGCCGGCAUCCGCACCAUCUCCACUCAAGGCGGGAACCUUGAGUGCUGAGGUGCUGGGCCGUAGACACAGAGCAGCUCUGGCUGGCCGAAGUCUCUCAUCCCCCACUGGACGGGCAAACCCAGUCCCUGGCCGACCCCGGCAGCCCUCUCUGGGUGCAAUACCAGACGGGCCAGGCUUUGAGCCAGGCCAACAGUUGGGUCAGGGCCUGGAUGACUCAGGAAACCUGCUCUCCCCAGCACCAAUGGACUGGGACAUGUUGAUGGAACCACCCUUCUUGUUCACAGCUGUGUCUCCCAAUGGGGAAUCAGCACCCCCAACAGUACCACAGCCUCCCCAGGCUCCACAGUGUCAUGUAGUGAUCCGUGCCCUGUGUGGGGAGCAGCCUAUGUGCUGGGAGGUGGGUGUUGGGCUGGAGACACUUUGGGGGCCUGGGGAUGGCUCACAGCCUCCAUCACCCCCUGUAAGAGAAGCUGCAUGGGACCAAGCACUCCACCGACUGACAGCAGCCUCUGUGGUCCGGGACAAUGAACAGCUGGCUCUCCGAGGAGGGGCUGAGACUACAGCUGACCGGGGCCAUGCCCGGAGGUCCUGGCUCCGAGCGCUUCAGACAAGUAAAGUCAGCUCUGCCCCUUCCUGCUUCACCUGCCCUGUUGCUGUAGAUGCCACCACUAGGGAGGUCCUGCCUGGGGCCCUACAGGUGCAGAGCUCAGAGCCAGCUGAACCCCCAGGCACUUCUGCCUCUCAAAGUCAUGUAAAUGUAGCUCCUUUGCCCACGGAAGUCAACUCUAAAGCACUUCAGGGAGGCUUUCCUGCAGGCACCUGGGACCUAGACCAAAAUGACAACUCCAGGUCAGCUUUGGGGGAGCCCACAACUCCCACUGGAGGUCCUCAUCGCCUGCCUCUCCAGCUUCCCUCUAGGCUCAGCCUGGGCCGCCGUCACAGACUCUACAGCCCCGACCAGGGCAGGGCCACUAUGGGCAACAGUGAAGGCAGUGACCAUGACUACCUGCCUUUGGUACGGUUGCAGGAGGCGCCAGGCUCCUUCCGCCUGGACGCGCCGUUCUGUGCCGCUGUGCGCAUCCCGCAAGAGCGUCUGUGUCGCGCAUCGCCCUUUGCUGCACACCGUGCCAGUCUCAGUCCCACCUCGGCCUCAUCUCCCUGGGCACUUCUGGGCCCUGGUGUUGGCCAGGGCGACAGUGCCACGGCCUCCUGCAGCCCAUCCGCUAGUUCAGGGUCUGAGGGUCCAGGCCAGGUGGACAGUGGGCGGGGCUCAGAUACUGAGGCCUCGGAGGGGCCAGAAAGGCUUGGCAGCUCAGAUCUGCGGGGCCGCUCCUGGGCCACAGCUGUGGCGCUCGCGUGGUUGGAACACCGCUGCGCUGCUGCUUUUGGGGAGUGGGAACUGACAGCAGCCAAAGCUGAUUGCUGGUUGCGGGCCCAGAGCCUGCCUGACGGCCUUGACCUAGCCGCCCUCAAAGCCGCUGCCCGGGGGCUCUUCCUGCUGCUGCGCCACUGGGACCAGAACCUGCAGCUACACUUGUUGUGCUACAGCCCGGCAAAUGUUUGAGGGCUACCUGCUGCUGCUGGGGCUGGCGACCCAAAACAUACUCACAAGUCACUGCCACCCAGGGCCAGCUUCUCGGUGCUGGGAAGGGAUAGGCUGCUCUCAGCCUGUCCCCCACUGCUUCUCAUUCUUUCCCUAGAAUACUUUUGCCCCCCACAAAAAGUGCCUGCCCUGUGCUCUCUUCCCUUUCCUCCCACCCCAUGGCCCUUCUUCAUGUGUUCUGAGCUCUCUGCAGCACAGUGGAAGGGGGGGGAGAGCCACAGUCCCCAAAUUCUAUGCAAUAAAGUGCCUCUUAGGACUACCUG